AUGGAUCAAGAAAAAAUCCUAUUUGCACAAGACCUUGAAAAGUGGAAAAGAUUCCAAUAUGAUCGCGUAUGGCCCAUUCUUAAGGGGGUUGAGAAAUGGCUUGACAAUAUUCCCAAAGAAAAUCCCAAACAAGGGUAUGAUUACUUUGAAAGAUUUCAAAAUGGAUCCCCUGCAUCUGCAUCCCUAGUAGCACCACCAUCCAUUGAUUUGGAUGCAAACGAAGAGACUAUAGCAGAGGUCAACCAUCAUGUCGAUUCAUCGGGUCGUCCUAUAAGAAGGAAGAAAGAGAAGUUGAGAAGGAUGCAAAUAGCUGAUAAGAGUCAUCUCCUUGAAUCCAUUGUUGAAGGAAACCAAGAAAUCAUGGUGAAUUUGAAAAGAGGGCAAAAGCAAAGAGAAGGACGAUUUGCUAAAAUGGAAAAUCAUUCUGCAGCGCGUGUCCAACUCAUGAUGUUACAAGCUAAAAAUGAAAGUAAAAGAUUAAAACUUCAACGUGAACAUCAAGAGAAAGAAAUCAUGGAGAUAGACUUGAAAUGCAUUGCAAACCCAAUUGAUCAUGAGUAUUUUCAAAGGAAAAAAAUAGAAAUGUUAUAA